AGAAAAAUGUGGAAUUAGUUAUGAAAUAUUUGAAUUUCUAGCUAAUUCAUCACUAAAAAGCUCUCAGCUAGUGGCAAAGUCACUUUGAGUUCAGGGUUCAUCGGCGAAAAAUUAUACUAUUUAUUUAUAGUUAAAAUAAUUUUUUAUGUAUAUAUAAUAGAUGUCGAAUCAUCUUAGACUAGUUUGCAUGUCUCCUCCUCAGAUUUUGAACCCCUUAAUAAAAAUUUUGAUUCCUCCACUUCUCUCAAGCUAACUGAAUUUUCAUAUAAUCCGUUGAUAAUCCAUAACUAAAUGAAAUUUAUCCUGAAAUUGGAUUUGGGAGAUGACAGAGAAAAAAGGAAGGCCUUGAAGAUAGUGGCUUCUCUUCCAGGGAUUGAUGAAAUUACAAUGAAUAUGAAAGGUAAGACGUUAACCAUUAUAGGAACAGUUGAUCCGGUGACCGUAGUGAGAAAAUUGCGCAAAUUUUGGGCAGCAGAGAUAAUGUUAGUAGGACCAAAAGAGGAACUAAAGAAAGAGGAGCCUAAAAAGGAAGGAGAAGAAAAGAAAGAAGAAACAAAAAAGGAAGAAGAGAAGAAGCCAAUGUUACCAAUAGGCAUGGUAAUGCCAUAUAGGCCUUAUUAUCCUCCUCCUCCUAUGCACACAUAUUACCAAGUUCAUCAUAGCAUUGAAGAAAAUCCUAAUGCAUGUGUCAUUCUCUAAAAAGAAAAAAUUAUUACGAAUCAAAUCUUUAUUGAAGGUCACUUUGUCACUUAGCAUAUUUUAAUGUGCUAUGGUGUUAAAUUGGUUGGGACAACUCUUUGGAAUCAUGUAUGUAUACAAAUAUCUAAUUGGUCUUGGUUUAUCCUAUUACUAAUAUAUAUAUGAACCCAAGACUAAAUUUUCAAGACUAUAUAUAAUGUAGAGGAGCUUUUGUGAAUAGACAUUAUGAUCCCUUAUUUGUACCUUCAAAGUCAAGUAUAUUAUUGUGUAUAGAGAGAAUUCAAUAAGAAUUUUUCUGCA